CUCGCUUUUUCAUUACCUAGGGCUGGGCUUAGUCACGUGAAACACUAUUCCCCACGUUUGAAGUGUUCUGAUUCAGUAUGAGAAAACAUUCUCACCCAGUAUCUCAAGCAUAUCCUGCUGCAGAACAUUUGGUUCAUCUCCUCGCUCCCGUCUCAACAUGCUCCCCAGUCACGUGGUCAACGACGCCUCACCUGAACAGUUCCUCGCAAAUACGCCCGACCUCAACGCCAACAUCAACGUGCCUAGAUCAAAUACAGAUUCCAUGUGUAACACUCACCGCCAAUAAACAUGUAGCCUUCGGAUGCUGGAUUGCUCAACAUGGCGGAAACGUUCAGCCUCUUCCGACUCAAUCCUCCGAGCUACUGCAUCGGAGGCUGAAAGACUCGACAAUAGACGGCGCAGGCCACAGCAGUUCCGCUCCUUACGGGAGCUUGCUGCAGAUGCGCCUCUUCCUUGCAACGGUCAAUCUAUCAUCGACAGGCUGCAAGAUCGAUGAGAUGGAAACCCUGGCCUUCAUGGAUGUCUUUUUCCACGGUUCAGCAUGUUUGCUGUGGGUAACCGUUGAACCUGCUGCUCUUCCCAUUCUCGCAACCUUCACGAGCAUCCUGCAUGUAUCGGGCCGUACCUGUGCUCUCCUGAGCCACCAUACGAGGAAGCGAAAGGUGGAAAGUGGUCAGCGCUGCAGCUACCCUACGUUCUACGAGACUUUCCCCUCUCCUGUCCAAUAUAUUGAUAGGAUUGAUUGUUCAACAUUGUGA